AAUAUUACUUUAUCUACCCUUUUCAAUUCAAAGCAUAAGCACUAAGCACUUCUGUUCUGCAUUUAUUCUCUUUGCAAAGUGCAAACAAAAAUCAUUAUCUAAUUUGUUUCCAUUUCUUACUACUUGUUUCAUUUUUUUUCUCAAGAUUGUACAUGUGUAUCAAUUGUGAAAGUUUUUUCUUAUUCUGAUUCAAUUAAUAGUUCUGUAUAUUGCAUUUGCAUACACUAUAUAAUAUAUAUCAGGUGACACUUGAAUUGAAACUUCAAAUAAAGUAAUUAUGCUUUCUGCUAAAUCAGAAUCUGAUAUAACUAGUUUAGCACCAUCAUCACCAUCAAGAUCUCCAAAGAGACCUGUGUACUAUGUACAAAGUCCUUCAAGAGAUUCACAUGAUGGUGACAAAUCAUCUUCCAUGCAUGCUACUCCAAUAUCAAACAGUCCUAUGGAGUCACCUUCACAUCCUUCUUUUGGCCGUCACUCCAGAAACUCGUCUGCUAGUCGGUUUUCGGGGAUUUUCAGGUCAUCUUCAGGCAGGAAAAGUGGUAGAAAGAGGAAUGAUAAAGGCUGGCCUGAGUGUGGUGUCAUUCUUGAAGAAGGCUCUUAUCGCGAAUUCGAUGAUAAACCUUUUGCUAGGCGAUUUCAAGCUUUGAUUGCUGUUUUUACUUUUGUCGUUGUUUUUACUGUGUUUUGUUUGAUCAUUUGGGGUGCUAGCAGGCCUUACAAGGCAGAAAUUACUGUCAAGAGUUUGACUGUACAUAAUCUAUAUGCUUGGGAGGGUACAGACUUCACAGGAGUCCCAACAAAAAUUAUGACAAUUAAUAGUACUUUGCACAUGAGCAUAUAUAACCCUGCUACAUUUUUUGGAAUUCAUGUUCACUCUUCACCCAUCAAUCUUGUUUUCUCAGAUAUCAGUGUUGCAACUGGUGAGUUGAAGAAACACUAUCAGCCAAGAAAAAGUCACAGAAUUGUAUCAGUGAACUUGAAAGGUAACAAGGUUCCUCUUUAUGGCGCUGGAUCAAGCAUAAUGGUUUCGCAAAUGGGUAGCGUUGAAGUAGCACUUGUGUUAAAGUUCGAAAUGCGAUCGCGAGGUGAUGUAGUGGGGAAACUUGUAAGGACAAAACAUGAUAAGGAAAUCACUUGCCCUUUGGUUAUCAACUCUUCUGGAUCAAAACCUAUCAAGUUCAAGAAGAAUUCAUGCACAUAUCAUUGAUAUGAUUUGUCCAUUUUGAGAGUUCAUGUAUUUAUGGUUGUAACAGAAAAUUGUAUAAUCUAUAGUUUGUGUGGAUUUUUUAGCUUUAGGAGGUUCAUUUGCAAGAGAAAUUCCUGAAUCAAUUUGUGUAUUUUAUUUACUCUUGUGCAAAUAAAUGCAUGUAAGUGUGGGUUUUUAUUUAUUUUAAUAACCCAAUUUUAAACAAAAAUUACCAA